AGCAGCUUCGCCUGCCUGCAGGGGCAGCAGAAAGGAAGUGACUAAGGACCAGAAGGAUGGUGCAGUCCUGUACCGCCUACGGCUGCAAGAACCCAUACAAUAAGGAUAAGCCCAUUUCUUUUCACAAGUUUCCUCUUACACGACCUAAUCUUUGUAAAGAAUGUGAAGCAGCUGAUAGAAGAAAAAACUUUAAGUCAACAAAGUACAGCAGUAUUUGUUCAGAACACUUUACUCCAGACUGCUUUAAGAGGGAAUGCAACAACAAGUUAUUGAAGGAGAAUGCUGUGCCCACAAUAUUUCUCUGUACUGAACCGCAUGACAAGAAGGAAGAGCUACUGGAACCACAGCGACAGCUUCACCCGCCUCCUUUAGCACCUCUCAUUUCCCAAGUUGAUGCUGCAAUUGGAUUACUCAUGCCUCCUCUUCAGACCCAUGAUAACCUCUCAGAUUCCUGUGACCUCAACUAUACCGUGGAGGAUACCAUGCACCAGAGAAAAAGAAUUCAUCAGCUAGAACAACAAGUUGAAAAACUGAGAAAGAAGUUCAAGACUGCACAGCAGCGAUGCAGAAGACAGGAACGACAGCUUAAGAAGUUAAAGGAGGUUUUACACUUCCAAAGAGAAAGAAGACACACCAGAGAGAGGUUAUGUGAUUCUACCAAAUGACUACUUUGAAAUAGUUGAAGUACCGGCAUAAGAACAUGAAAUUUGUAUUAUUAUUAUUAUUAUUAUUUAAUGGGGCAGCACCACAUAUCUUUUUCGGCCUUUUAAAGAGGUUCCAUUGAGGGUGGGAAGGAUG